AUGAUGGGCUGUGAGACCACGUUCACCACAGGCCGCUUGUGGCAGGCACCUGUUGCCACCCAAGGUGGAGCAGGACAAGCUGGUGUGCAAACAAACGGGAAGAAAAGAAAUCAGGUUUUGAAAAUUGGACAUGGAGGAACUUUGGACAGUGCAGCUACAGGAGUUCUGGUGGUUGGUAUUGGAAAAGGAACAAAAAUGCUGGGAACUAUGUUGUCAGGUUCCAAGAAGUACACUGCCAUUGGAAUGCUGGGCAAGGCUACUGAUACAUUAGAUGCUACAGGAAAAGUAACUGAAGAAAAACCUUAUGACCAGGUAACAAAAGGAGAUCUUGAAAAUGUUCUGCAAAAGUUCACAGGGGACAUCAUGCAAGUUCCCCCACUCUAUUCUGCUUUGAAGAAGGAUGGAGAAAGGCUUUCAACUCUGAUGAAGAGAGGGGAAGCCGUGGAAGCAAAGCCUGCUCGGCCAGUGAGAGUGUACAGCCUUUCUCUGCAGCAGUUCCAGCCACCACUGUUCACACUGGAUGUUGAAUGUGGUGGUGGCUUUUAUGUCAGGAGCCUGGUCAAUGACAUUGGCAAAGAGCUCUCCACCUGUGCCACGGUGCAGGAGCUGACCCGCACCAAGCAGGGGCCGUUCACGCUGGAGGAGCACGCCCUGCAGGAAGACAAGUGGACAAUUGAUGAAAUUGCUCAGUCCUUGGAGCACUGCACAGCCCUGCUCCUGGGAGAGCCAGCUCGGAAAAAAUUGAAGACAGAGCAUCCUGGUGAAACUGCUGUGGUCUGUGGGAUAAGUGAUAAGUUGGGUCAAGGAAAAAGACUGAAUGAUUGAGAUGUUUUAAGAUUGGAUUGGGAUUGUCUCGCCUCCUGUGUAAAUCUGCAGGUCUCUACUGGGAAGGUGACAAACUGCAAAACAAGAGAAAUGGUUCUUUUGUUUCCUGGGCUUAGAAUGUGCACUGAAAAUACCCACUGCUAACUGUUUCUUGAUUGUUUAUUUUCCUUCUUGCACACUGUAACUGAUGCCAAAUUUUUUAUAGAAUUUUAAAGAACCUUCAGGGUGCAAAAUGGCUGCUGUUGCAAAUU